AAGGAGAGACUCAACCCCCCCUCGGCACCCCGCUGGCUGGAUGUGAUGAGCGUCACCCGCAGCAGCGCUGAUCUGAAGUGGUCUCUGCCGGAGAGGACUGGCGGCGCCCCCAUCACUAACUACGUGGUGGAGAAGAGGGACGCCAGGCGUAAAGGCUGGCAGGCGGUGGACACCACAGUGAAGGAGCUGACGUACACCGUGUCUCCGCUCAACGAGGGCUCGCUCUACGUGUUCCGCGUCGCUGCAGAGAACAGCGUCGGAGUCGGAGAGUUCUGCGAGCUCAAAGACUCCGUCAUGGCCAAGGACAACUUCUCUGCUCCCGGCCCACCCUACGCUCUCAGCGUCUUCGGCAUCUCCAAGAGAUACGUGGACCUGCAGUGGGAGGAGCCCAAGAACGACGGAGGAAGACCAAUCCUCAAAUACUCGUUGGAGAAGAAGGAGAAGCUGGGCACUCGCUGGGUGAAGUGCGGGAAGACGUCGGGUCCGGACUGUAAGUACCGGGUCACGGACGUCAUCGAGGGAACUGAGGUCCAGUUCCAGGUCAGCGCGGAGAACGAGGGGGGCACCGGACACCCCAGCGAGCCCACUGAGAUCCUGACCAUCGAGGACCCCACCG